UUGGCUGUCUGACCGUGAGCAAGCCAAGUCACCAAGCAACUUUUUCCUCCAUCUUUGUCGCGAAGUAUCAGCGGCACAUAGCUUAUAAUUUGCAUGAGCUGAUGAAUGCGAUCUCUCCCCAUCCCUCAAACGCUCAACAUCAUCAUACCAAUCCACACACAAUCCCUCAUUCCAGGCCUCCAUUUUCUUCAUUUCUUCAACCAAGAAAGCUAAAAGCUUGGAUUUUUCAGCCUCAUUUGAGAAUCCAAAUUGCACCCAUUUCCCCAAAAUGGAUUCUGAUACGACCCAUUGCCUACCAUUACCUGAAUCUCUCCCCUCUCUGUGGAUCUCCGAUUCUUGCUCUUCCAUGGAAGGUGAAUUCUCGCAACCACAAGCGAAGGCAGAUCGAAACCGAGGCGGCAAGAAACGAAGGCUCACACUGGAUCAAGUUCGGAUGCUUGAGAGAACUUUUAAUGCUGAAAACAAGCUUGAACAUGAGAGGAAGGUUCAAAUUGCAGAGGAGAUUGGUUUACGGCCUCGCCAAGUUGCAGUUUGGUUCCAGAAUCGAAGAGCUCGAUCCAAGACCAAGAAGAUCGAAAUUGAUUAUGAAUCAUUGAAUGCUGAAUAUGAUAAGCUCAAGAAUGAUUUUGACAGUCUUUUAAAAGUGAAUCAUGAACUGAAAGCAGAGGUUAAUCAGCUGAGAGACAAAUGGGCUGCUACUGAGAAGAUGAACAAUCCUUAUGAACCAGUUGGAGCUUUGUACAAGGUGGAAAUGGGGUCAUCCAGACAGGAACAGGGUAGCCGAAGCUCAAGCAAAAGUGAUGUCUUUUAUGCUGAGAGCCCGACCAGGGAAAACCAGUCACGGUCGGGGAAUUUCUUGCGAGAUGAAGAAGAAGAUGAUGAAUUAGGGUACUUGGGGAUACUAGAAGAUGAACUUUCUGCUGAUGAGCUCAUGGAUUCCUUUAAUGUUAUGAGUAGUGCCGCUGAAGAUCAAUCCUUCUGUUUCUGGUCUUUUUGAAAUGAAGUUUAAUUCUCACUAAAAUGUUUGAGUGUAUUGAAGAUGAGUAAUAAAUGAGUCAUUU